AUAAUAGAAAUAUAUUAAAAAUAGUAAAUAUAGAAGUAUAAUUUUAUAUUUUCCAUCAAAUUGUAAUAUUAUGUAUGUCAGCUUACCUAAUAUUUUGUUUAAGUGAUCAUGAACAUCGAGUGACAAAAAAAAUUAGCAAUAGAUUACAGAUAAGUGCAUAUCCUUGGAAUUGAUUAUAACAGCAAUAUUUUUGCAUAUACUAUAUUUGUGCUAAUGCACAGUACGAUAUGUGACUAUACAGUAUCUACCGUACUUAUACAAUCUGUGUCUGUCAAUCUAAAAAGCGGUAUAAUGAUUGUGCUAUAAAAAUAAAUGGACUUUAAUCCAAGUUAAUCUAAAUUUUGCUGUUUCAUUACGAAGGAAAGCAUUUAUAAGUCCAGGUCAACACUCAGAAUCGUCAUUUUUUGAUUUACUUUAAAUAAUUUCAUGCUGGCAUAAUGAAGCAGCCAGAAUUACGUUUCGUCGAUCGCGUAGUUAUAGUAACCGGAGCUGGAGCAGGUUUGGGGCGUGCCUACGCCUUACUUUUCGCUUCAAGAGGUGCAAGUGUCGUCGUAAAUGAUCUAGGAGGAAGCAGACACGGCGAUGGAAGCAGUACUAAAAUUGCGGACGCAGUUGUCAAUGAAAUUAGGAAAAAUGGUGGAAAGGCAGUGGCUAAUUAUGACUCUGUUCUUGAUGGUGCAAAAAUUGUCAAAACAGCUAUCGAUGCAUUUGGACGCAUAGAUGUAAUUGUCAAUAAUGCUGGAAUUUUAAGAGAUAAAUCUUUUCCUAAAAUGUCAGAGACUGAUUGGGACUUAGUGCAAAAUGUUCAUGUAAAAGGUGCAUUUAAAGUCACUCAAGCUGCUUGGCCUUACUUUGUUAAACAAAAAUAUGGCAGGAUAAUCAUGACAGCGAGCAACAGUGGUCUAUAUGGAAACUUUGGCCAAGCGAAUUAUAGUGCAGCAAAAAUGGGUCUUAUUGGCUUAGCUAAUACAUUAGCUAUUGAAGGCCAGAGCAAGAACAUAUAUACAAAUAUAAUAAUACCUACAGCUGGUUCUCGUUUAACAGAAGAUGUUUUACCACCAGAAUUUUUUGAGCAAUUAAAACCUGAAUUAAUAGCUCCCGUAGUUGUUUGGUUGUGUCAUGAAAAAUGUAUAGAAAAUGGCUCUAUAAUUGAAUCUGCAAUAGGUCAUGUAAUUCGUUCAUUAGGAUCAGUAUUAAGACCAGAUUUUUCUGGCAAUGUCACUCCCGAAGAUGUCGAAGAAAAAUGGUCAGCUAUUACCGAUAUGUCUAGUGCUAAACAUUUUAAUUCUCUUGCAUUGGUGCUUCUGUUCAAAUACCAACUGAUUUCCGUUAUUUAUAUGAAAAUGAUAGCAAUUUUGCUGUAUUGCCUACAUUCCUUACUACAUGUUCAGUAUUCGUGGAUCUGUCCAUACUGGAAAAAUCGCUACCAAGUGGCGAACUAAAUCCAAUGAAGAUAUUGCAUGGAGAGCAAUAUCUCGAAAUUCAUAAAGAAUUACCAACGGAAGCUACGAUCGAGACACGUCUGCAAAUUGUGGAUGUACUAGAUAAGGGAACGGGUGCUGUAUUUGUAGUAGAAAAUGAAUUAUUUGAUACCAGCAAUGGAGAUAAAUUAAGCACAGCACAAAUGGUAAUAUUCGCAGUAGGAGCUGGAGGUUUUCAAGGAAAACGAUCAUCUUCAAAAAUCAUACCAACUAUCGAAGCUCCUAAUCGACAGCCAGAUGCAUCAGUUACUCAGCAAACAAGUCAUGAUCAGGCUGCAUUAUACAGAUUAAGUGGUGAUAAAAAUCCUUUGCAUAUCGAUACAAACGUAGCAAUGAUGGCUGGCUUCAAACAACCAAUUUUACAUGGAUUAUGUUCUCUUGGAUUUUCUGUCCGUCAUGUUCUUCAAACUUAUGCAAAUGGUGAUCCAAGCUUUUUUAAGGCUGUAAAGACACGUUUUGUGAAGCCAGUAAUUCCAGGGCAAUCACUGCAAACAAAUAUGUGGCAAGAAGGAAAUAGAAUACAUUUUCAAACAUCUACUGUAGAAGGGAAUUUACCAGUGGUUAUGUUGAUUUAAAACGCACGAUGCCUAUGCAAUUGACAGUAAAUCGUUUAUCUGGCAGUAAUCCUCUGGAAAGUGAUGCGGUGUUUGCGACAAUUGAUGAAUAUAUAAAAGCAAAUCCGGAACAGGUAAAGAAAAUCAAUGGAGUAUUCCUUUAUCACAUUUUGGUGAAAGGGAAACAUCAAGCAACAUGGAGCUUUGGGUAAGUUAAAUCCACAAACGGCGUUCAUGCGAGGAAAGUUAAAAAUCGCUGGAAAUCUCGUACUUGUUCAAAAAUUAACCACGCUCAUGGAAGCAGGUAGAUCAAAAUUGUAAUAUUGAUGCAUGAUAAGUAUUGUGUUAUAUAAUUACCAUUGUUAUUAUUUUUAUAUUUUUUAUUCACUUGGUGAGUUGUUUGUAUGGUUAGGGAUAAAAUACAACAUAAAUAUGAAUACAGUAUAUACUGCAAAUAUAGAAAUAUAUCUGUAUAUUCAAUUGUAAUAAAUUCAAAUUUUAUAUUGUUUCUAA